AUGUCUGUGAAGAUGGUUGUGACACAACCAAGGCCCUUCAUCAUGGACUCUGUUUCCAACCAAUGGACGUCUGGCAUCUGUGACUGUCUUCAAGACCUUCCCCAGUGUUGCCUUUCCUGUUGGUGUUCUCCCUGCUUCGCCUGUAAGACGGCACAUGAGGCCGGAGAGUGUCUGUGUUUACCUCUGCUUGACGCUUGUGGACUCAUACCACCCAUCAAUACAGCCCUCAGGGUUUCAGUGCGCCAACGCUAUGGCAUUGAGGGUACGGUUUUCAAGGACUGUGUGUACGCCUGCUGCUGCGGGCCCUGCUCCUGGUGCCAAAUAGCAAGAGAAAUCAAAACAAGGAUGAGUCCUAUUACCCUCGUGAAUGUGGGAAAAUAAAACAUCAUCAUUAUUCACAAAAAUGUCAUCACAGUCCUCUGAAGCUUCAUCAAGACUUCAAGAUCAAAAUGCUUUUUUUAACAGUAAAAGGGUGAGGGGUACUUAGACUUCUUUGUAAACUGUUGUAAGGCUGCCUGAGGAAUGUCACUGAGUAACUGAUUACAGAUCAGAACAUGUGGGUCGUAAAUGUUGCAUCACUAACAGAGAUAAGAGGCUGUCUUUUAUGAAAAUCCUGCAUUCAAUCUUUCCUAAGUUGUUUUUUACGAUUAUUAUAACGAGGUGUCGAUCGACUUAGUGCUAAUUUAAUGCUGCAGUUUGUGGAUGUUGGAUUGCACAGCAAUAUAC